ACGGAAGACAGGAUUUUUUUUUUUUUUUGCGUUUCAAAUGAAACUACACUUUUUUGUUAAAGAUGGAAAAGGAGAAUUGGAAAUUUUGGCAUUGAUAAGAUAGGUGAGAUCCACAAAAGCUCAAGACAAGAAGUGUUUUCCUACAAACAUUUGAAAAACAGAAGUCCUAACUUAUCUCAGUCUUUUUUUAAUCAAGUUUAUCACUGAAAAACAUUAAUUUUAAUAAAAACAACUUUACAAAUGAAUAUGAAAGAAAAUAUAUUGAAAUUUGCACUAUUUAAGAAAGGUAAUUUGUCGUUGAAGGAUUUCUUUUGAAGCAGUGUAAUAUUUCAUAUCAAAAAGACAACUUCAAUCCGAUUCCCUGCCUUAUACCAUAACAAUUGCUAUUUAACUUCUCGAAAAAAACUUUUUCAAAUAAUGAUUUUAUUUUCCUUUUUUUUAUUUCAAUUAAUUAUGCAUGUUGUUCAGUUAAAUAAAAACUAGAGGUAAAUAUCACUUUCCGUACCAUGGUUAUAUUAGCCCUUUCAAUGGAUAGUAGGAAAUUCAUAAACUUUCUUUCUUUUCAAGCGAUCCAUUGAGGGCAUCAUGUAAUAACGCAAUUAUAAACGAGUACUAGUAAAAAAUCUAGCUUAUGAUUCAAGAAACACAAGUGAACUGUCAAUGAAGAUGUCAUUAACUUUGUUGUGGGUCUUUUUUGUGGAGAUGCAUUCAUGUUGAUUUAAUGAAAAAUAAACAUUGUCGCACACACACAGCCCACAGAAGCGACAGGUGCGUUUGAUAUCCGAAUACGCUCCUAUAAAUCAUUCUGACUUAAACGAUUCAGCAUUACAUUGCGUAGUUAGAUAAUUCACGCAUAUUUAUUCAAGUUUUCAAGUGAACAGUCAAAAUUGGAACAUUUGAUGGUUUGAUGCGUAAAAAGUUGUUGAUUCCAAGUUAAAGACCCACUCAAUUUCGCUUCCGCGCACAGUUUCACAUUAUUUAUUUUUCUGCUGUUUGAUUAUUGGUCAAUGCACUGCGUCGCCGGAGAACGACAUCACUCUACUGAUUGAGGUGGUCUGUUCCUUUGCUACACUUGUCGGAGUGAAAUGCCAUCGUUAAGUUCUUCAACAACCACUGAAGAUAUGGACGUUAUUAACUGCAGUUUUCAGGUCUUGAUACGGUUCCCACACACCAUGUCUGCACGCCUCACAGCCAUCGUUACUUGUAUUAUAAGCUCACUGGGCUUGAUGGCUGCUGUGUCAUGCAAUACGUUAUUUAUCGUAGCCUUUGCGCGGACGCGAGAACUUCGUACUUACGCGAAUCUAUUCCUUGUCAGCCUAUCAUGUACUGACUUACUUGUAGGCUCCAUUGUCGAACCACUGUAUAUAACGCGGCAAACUCUGGCACUAUCAGGAAUAGAUGACUGUGGUGUUUGGAUCGCUUACUUGACAAUGGCACUGUUCUGUACGGGUGCAUCUUUUCUGAACCUCACUUUAAUAAGCUGUGAGAGAUAUGUCGCAAUAUUUUCCCCACUAAACUACAUGCGACUGGUGACAAAAUCUCGCGUUUUGAGCAUAAUUGGUGGAGUGUGGCUAGCGUGGGUAACACUGACCUGUGUGCGUUUUGCUGGAAUACCAAACCGUAUUGUAUACCUGAUUUGUUUCGCUGUCAUUGGCUCAUGCUAUGCUAUUACGGCUUUUGUCUACUUCUUUAUUUUCCGAGAGGCCAGAAGACAUCAUCGAAGGAUCGUUAGCGAACAACAAAACUAUGAUCCUCUCGCUCCGAGUGUAGCGCGCGAAACUAAACUUGCCAAAACGAUGGCGUAUAUAUUUGGUGCGUUGUUGGUUUGUUACCUACCCGGGAUGACAAUUUUACUUAUCCGCACAAUUAAAGGCGACUCGCCUCAAUUAUUGUACAAUUACUACCCAUGGGCAGAAAACUUGAUUUUUUUGAACAGUGCUCUGAACCCAAUGAUUUACUGCUGGCGCAAUCGUGAAAUACGCCGGGCAGUUUUUCGGGUUAUCAAUCCAGUGUUAAGUCAGAUGUUCAAUCGCCAUAUCGCCUCCUCGAUAAAGGUGGGGUAUGUUAACGAAGCUGGAUCUAGGACUCCGAAAACUGAAUACGGAACCUGUGUUUCUGGCAGAAGAGUUCAAACAUCUCCCAUAACAAGAGACGUCGAGAUACAAUCAGUUUGCUCAAGGGAGUAACAAGUGGAACAAUUCUCAAUAACCAGCGUGUGGCAAUAACUUUUUUUUUUCCUGCUAAGGGAAGAUUCUUAUCACAUCAAGUGCUAAUGACUCGAAUUCAUUGACAUCUCUUCGUAACUUCAAGACUCAGUGAAGGUGCUUUAUCACAAAAGAGACAACUUAUCUUUUAAUAUUUCUACACUUGUGUAAGUUUUCAAUAUUUUUACUAUCUCUGUGAUCCUUCUAAGGUGAAAACGCGGCUUUUAUUGACACUCUUUUAUGCAAAACAGAAUCGUUUUUUUUAUUGGACAAAAUGACCAACGGAAAGAUAUACUUCAGUGGAUAAAGAAUCGUAAAAGUUUCUUUUUAAUAUCCUUACGGUAACGCAUUAUUUCACUUUUGCCUCAAGCAAUGUAGAUUAUAUGUUGUAAAAAAAUAACCGAAUUAUGUACAUCUUGUCGUUAAUUUUUUUCUUAAUCUCUAUGCGGCCAUGGUUGCAGGCAGCCCAGCCCAUCUAAACUAUUAACCGUUGAAUUCAAUAUGUAUGUUAAUAGGGUGAUCCACUGUGUGUACAUAUAGAACUGACGAGGACACAAUGUUUACUCAGACUAAGCUAAAAAAUAAUAUUAGUUUGUUCGAAACACAUAAAGGUUCUGCUUUGUGGUAAUUAGCAAAUGUUUUGAAAGGUCAGGCUCGCGAAUUGCAGCACGUACCCAGAAUCUCUUCAUUUUCCCUCUGGACUUCUCGCGAAGAGUUACUUUUUUAUACAGAAAAACUGACGCUCGAUCUGCGGAGAUCUGUUGAUAGCGUUUCUCUAUGGCAUUCAAAAGUUCAAUCGCAUUCAUUAAGACUUAUACAUUUCCCUUACAUCAGUCAUACGCACAAUUCAUCUAUUCCAAUUGUGCAUCACAUUCACACUAUAUCGACAAUAUAAGGAAAGUAAUGGAUUUUAUUUUAGAUUUACGAUGAAAAUAAUUUAAGUGACCAGUCUUUUCCGUUCAGAGCUGAAAGAUUUAAUCUUAUUGCCCAUACUCGUGAAGCUAUCGAUACAGAGAAAAAAAAUCCUUAUUAUCUCGUUUCGGCUUUAUUUUAAUCGGGAUUUGUAUAUGGGUUUAUAUUAAAAAGACGCAUGCUCGUUAUUGAGUAUUACGUAAAUUUA